AUGGAAGACUUCUUUUCGCAUCUCUGUGCCAAAUUUUUCGAACACAGCACCAACACAAUGGACUCCGACAUGUCGUUUCCUUCGAGUUCAUCAUCCCCAUUUUCUUUUUGUUUGACACCUAUACCCCAAUCACUGCGUUCGACACGGCUAGAGUACCAAGACUUAGCGUACGAAUGGCACGUCCCUGAAAUACUGCACAACCAUCUUGUUCAGUUAUGGGAAAAAUUUACCGCGGAUCUUCGAAUCAAAGCCACUGGAAGCGACGACCAGCCUGGCUCUGUACUGGAGCUGCUGUCUCAGUUUCUCCUACACAUUAUGCAAUACGAGCUUGGUGGAACACCAGGCUUGUAUCAGUCCGACUGCGUCGAGCUUCUUUUAGCGCAGAUAGAAUCAGACUUUCUUGGAGACUGUAGCAUCCAAAGCGUCGCUUGCAAUAUGCCAGGAACUUCGUCGCAGAAGCAAACUGUCAUCCAAGCGUAUGUGGCUGCCACUCAACACAUAGGACGUCCAUGCUUGAGAAAGGCGCCAAGAACUGCCAUCUUCGACCAGGACGCAGGCCAAACAACUCAGACAUACGCCAUCUUUGGAGGCCAAGGAAAUACCACAGACUAUCUACAAGAGCUGCGCGCUCUUUUCGAGACGUACACACAUGUCGUCAAGCCAAUACUCGCCACUGCUGAGGACGCACUCCGGACCUCUCUCCACGACGCCUCCUCAUCCCGCCUUAAGCACUUCAGACAUGGGAUGGAGAUAUCUCAAUGGUUGCGAAGGCCUGACAGCGCUCCUUCGACGGAUUAUCUACUAUCGGCACCUGUCAGCUUUCCUCUGAUAGGACUGCUACAGUUCGCCACAUACGCUGUCGUCUGCUGGUCACUCCAAAAGACACCAGGAGAGGUGACUCAAACCUUCAAAGGAAUGGCCGGUCACAGUCAAGGCAUCGUCGUUGCUGCCACUCUUUCAACAACUACAACAUGGGAGUCGCUUCACUGCGCUCUUGUUCAGGCGUUGAAAGUGUUGUUCGAAAUUGGUGUUGCGGCUCAGGAAGCGACCCCGGGUAUUGAUGUUCCGCCCUCCAUCAUCGCGAAAGCUACCAAUGCUGGCGAAGGAGCUCCGACCCCAAUGCUCAACGUAUCAGGGUGUGAUCCGAAGCGCCUAAAGAAAUAUAUUGAUGAGGUGAAUGGAUUUCUUGACGAGAGUCAACGAGUCUCAAUUUCACUCAUCAAUGGACGAAUGAACUUCGUCGUAGCCGGACCCACACUCUCAGUGUGUGCUCUAGCGAGAAAGCUACGCCGGCUCAAAGCGUCGCCAGAAGAAUUCCAGGACAAGAAGCCGUUCUCGUCAAGGAAACCGGAAUUCUCGCUUCAUUUCUUGCCCAUAACAUCGCCUUUUCACACCCUACAUCUCAAAAACACAGCUCCCAGCGUAGUGGCAGCGCUAGAGAGCGUGAAACUUUGCCCAAGCAUGCUCAGAGUACCCGUCUACCACACUCAUACUGGACAAAAUCUCAUGGAGUCCAAAGUCACGAGUAUUGUCCCUGAUCUGGUCGAGAUGAUCUUGUGUCAGGUUAAUGACUGGCCGUCAUCGACUAAGUUCAAGGCUGCUACACACGCAGUCGACUUUGGUCCAGGCGGCCCAUCUGGAGUCGGUUCCCUGCUGUCACGAAACACGGAAGGGACUGGACUGAGAGUCAUUCUUGCUGGGCUUUCUGAAAGCACUACUCCCGAGUUCGGAGAUAUGGCUGAGCUUCUGAGUGCCAAGCCUACAUUCAGUGCAAACUGGGCUGAGAAGUACUCACCACGAUUGAUCCAGACCAAGGGGGGUAUUCAGAUCCGGAAUAAGAUGACUCGUCUCCUUGGGCUCCCACCGCUCAUGGUCGGAGGCAUGACGCCGACAACUACUUCUUGGGAGUUUGUCAGCGCAAUCGUCUCAUCGGGUUAUCACGCGGAGCUCGCAGCGGGUGGUCUUCACACUGCAGAGGACUUCACCCAUGCUAUUAAGAACCUCUCUAGCUCAAUUCCAUCCGGCAGAGGGAUCUGUAUCAACAUCAUAUAUGCCAGCCCUCGCCAGGUCCGAUGGCAACUUCCACUCAUCCGAAAGCUUCGUGCUGAAGGGUUCCCAAUUGAUGGCAUCACCUUCGGGGCCGGAGUUCCUUCGACUGAAGCCUUGAAAGAAUAUUUGGAUAUCGGCCUGAAGUACCUUUGCUUCAAACCCGGUUCGACCUCUGCCAUUAACCAAGUUAUCGCCAUUGCGCGCACGAACCCAGGUGUUCCGAUUGUGUUGCAAUGGACUUCCGGCCGAGGCGGUGGCCACCACUCGUACGAAGACUUCCAUGAUCCAAUCAUCAAGAUGUAUGCCAAGAUCAGGCGAUGCGACAACAUUGUACUAGUUGCCGGGAGCGGUUUUGGUGGUGCUGACGAUACAUACCCUUACCUUUCUGGAGCCUGGUCUUCGCGAUUCGGUCUUCCGCCAAUGCCAUUCGAUGGCGUGCUAUUCGGCAGCCGGAUGAUGGUCGCCAAGGAGGCCAAAACCAGUCAAGGAGCCAAAGAAGCGAUUGUGGCAGCUCCCGGAAUCGACGACGAAGCUUCGUGGGAGCAGAGCUAUAAGAAUCCCAUUGGCGGCAUCGUCACAGUCAAGAGUGAAAUGGGCGAGCCCAUCCACAAGUUGGCGACCCGCGGUGUUCUUCUCUGGCGUGAGCUUGAUGGAAAGAUCUUCAGCAUAUCCGACAGGGCUCAGAGACUGGAGAAGCUGCUAUCUAUGAAGUCAUACAUCAUCAAGCGGCUCAAUGAAGACUUCCAGAAAGUCUGGUUCGGACUUGACAGCCAAGGCAAUGCCGUUGACCUGGAAGACAUGACAUACGCCGAGAUUCUUCAUCGCCUUAUUCAGCUCUGCUAUGUCAAGAAAGAGUCCCGCUGGAUUGACAAGGGCUACAAGCAGCUAACGAUAGACUUUAUGCGUCGCAUGUGCAGCCGGCUUCAGCGGUCUGCGCUACCAAAGGUCGAUAUGGAGCAACCUCUACAGGCUCUACAAAAAGCGCUGUCAUUCUGCAAAUCAGCGGAUAGGGAGCUGGUCACAUAUAGUGAUGCUCAAUACUUCUUGCUUCUCUGCAAACGCCCGGGCCAGAAGCCAGCUCCCUUCGUCCCCGUUCUCGACGAAGACUUUGAAACAUGGUUCAAGAAGGAUUCACUCUGGCAAUCAGAAGAACUUGCCGCCGUGGUUGACGAAGACGCCGGGCGGACUUGCAUCCUUCAAGGUCCAGUAGCGGCAAGAUAUUGUACAAAGACCAACGAGCCAGUGGGUGAGAUCUUGGGUGGCAUUAGUCAGCAACACAUCUCCAGAAUACUGGGAGAGGUAUACGGAAUUGACAAAAAUCUCAUAGUACCAGCGGAUGAGUCAGCAAUUCGUCGCGGAGAAACACCAAACCCCAUCGACCUCCCGGCGUGCUGUCGUGUCAGCCGUCAAGAAUCAGCAACAAUUAUCUCCAUCGAUGAGACAGCGUGCGAGGAAAGACUACCGCAUAUUGAUCGCUGGGCAAGAGCUCUUGCUGGAGAUAAUAACACAUGGCUAUCAAGCUUACUGAUGUCUGAGGAUAUCAUUCGCGACAAGAUGGUCACCCCCAAUCCCAUCCGACGAGCACUUGCUCCGCUCCCUGGUAUGCGAGUUGAACUAUCUGAUGCAGCCUCACCGUCGGCGCCUUCUCUCGUUGUCUUCGAGAAGGCCUCCAGUGUUGAGCCUUCAUUGGAGAUCCGCAAGGAAGGCGAUGCGGUAUUUGUGACAAUGCUUGUAGACGAGUCGGUGGGAGAAGCCAUACUCUCCUUUUCGUUUCACUUCGUGUAUCGCCCCGACACUCCUCUUCACCCAAUCCACGAGAUCAGCGAAGGCCGUAACGAGAUGUUGCAGAGAUUUUACCACCAAUUGUGGUUUGGCUCUGAGCUGUGCCUGGCGAAGCCAAAUGCCCCGGAGCUUGACCUUUCAACACUCGUUAUCGAGGGCCAGCCAACCAAGAUUUCUCCAUCAUUGGCACAGGCUUUCAUGGACAGCAUUGAACAGCCAGGCCUAUUCCGCGUACCCAAGGCGGGUGUACCACUGGAUUACUCCAUCGUCAUGGCAUGGGAGGCUAUGAUGAAGGCCACCUUCCCUGGCGCCACUGGAUGUGACUUCCUGAGUCUUGUACAUCUGUCAAACAAGUUCACGGUGCUAGACGAGAAACCUCUCAACAUUUCCGAGAACACUGCUACUGCCGCCGAGAUUAAGGCUAUUCGCAAUCUCCCAGCUGGACGAGCAGUUGAGGUCAUGGCUACCAUCACCCGGGACGGUGUUCCAGCAGUAGAAGUCACUUCAGAGUUCCUUUUCCGGGGCACGUACACUGACUUUAGCGUCUGCUUCGAGAGACGAAAGGAACCCAAGAUGGCAGUUACCAUGAAUCGCAUGGCCGACAUCGCUGUUCUGCAGAGCAAGGCAUGGGUGUCAUUCAAGCAGGACUUUGAUUUCAAGUCCCUGCUUGGCCAAAGGCUCGUUUUCGACUUGCACACUCUUGGCCAUCUCGCAUCUGCUACGACCUAUCGCAGCCUACAGGUGUCUGGAAAGAUGUUUCUCGAAGACCCUGAAACAAAAUCACUGCGUGUGGUGGGAGACGUGACCUACCAAUCCAUGGGUCCAACAAGUAGCAACCCGGUUAUUGACUACUUGAGUCGCUGUGGGACACAAAUCAACGUCCUCAACACGCUUCCAACACCACAGCCUCUUGGUGAGAAGGAAUCCCUCAGCAUAACAACGCCUCUCGACAACAAUGCCUACGCACGUGCGUCUGGUGAUUUCAACCCAAUCCACGUUUCCCAAACCGUCGCGAGAUACGCCAACCUGCCUGGCCCCAUCACCCACGGCAUGUACACCAGCGCUGCUGUGCGUCAGGUUGUCGAGAAAGCCGCCGGCUGCAGUGACAAUGUACGAAUGCGGUCAUACAAGGCUUCGUUUGUGAAUAUGGUUCUACCCAACAGCGUCUUGGAUGUACAAAUUCACCACACUGCAAUGAAAGACGGUCUGCGAGUCCUGUCGUUCCAAGCCUUGCACUCAGAAAGCAAGCAGGUCGUCUUGGAAGGCGAAGCAGAGGUGGACCAAGCACUCACAGCGUACGUCUUCACCGGCCAAGGAAGCCAGAAGCAAGACAUGGGAAUGGACCUGUACGCCACGUGUGAAGUUGCACGCCAAGUCUGGGACGAAGCCGACAGGUUCUAUUCAGAGACCUAUGGUUUCCUGAUCAGCGACAUUGUCAAACAGAAUCCCAAGCGACUCACCGUGUUCUUUGGCGGAAGGCGCGGCCGAAAGAUUCGAGAGAAUUACAUGAACAUGAUGGUCGAGUCUAUUGAUAGGCGACCAGAACGCUUCUUUACAUCUAUCACGCCCACAACAACAAGCUACACCUUCGAGCACAACGCCGGAUUGCUUUUCAGCACCGAGUUUGCUCAGCCCGCUCUCACCGUCAUGGAGCGCGCUCAAUUCUUGCAUCUGAAGAGUCAAGGCCUGGUCACUCCAAGCGCGCUCUUCGCCGGCCACUCACUGGGCGAGUAUACGUCUCUGAGCACGAUUGGCGAGAUCAUGCCGUUCCGAAACCUGCUUUCGGUAGUAUUCUAUCGCGGCCUGACGAUGCGAAGUGCUGUCAAGAGGGAUGCCCAUGGCCGUUCCAAAUACGCCAUGGUUGCGGUGAACCCCAGCCGCGCAAAAACCACACCAGGCGUACUCUUGCAGCUCGUGGCAAGCAUCGCAUCUGCUUUGCCUGAAGACCUGCUGGAAAUCGUCAACUACAACGUCGAGACUCAGCAGUACGUCGCUUCUGGCACGCUGAGGGCAUUGGCGUGUCUGGGCGACGUCAUGGAUUCCAUUGCCAAAAACCCAAGGCUCUCCCCUGAAGACAUUGGUGCGCUGGUUACAGCUAGAGUUGCAGCUAGCACGGAGCAGAUGCCCGUCCUCAAACGGGGAGUAGCGACAAUCCCGCUGGAUGGCAUUGACGUGCCUUUUCACAGCAGUUGCCUGCUGCCCAAGAUGCCCGCGUUCCGACGCGUACUACAACAAUACAUUGAGCCUGGAGCUAUUAACUCCAAACUCUUGGUUGGAAAGUACAUUAGCAAUGUGACUGGAAAGCCGUUUGAUAUUUCGUACGAGGGAGUUAGCUCAUUGAAGCAGUUGACUGGAAGUCCUGUUUUGGACAAAUUGAUGGUAGAGAUGAAGGCAUGAUAUUCCG